GUGGUCCUCUCCCUGCUGAGGUUUUGGCCAAAGGUGCACAGUCCCAAGGAGGUCAUGUUCCUCAACGAGCUCGAGGAGAUCCUGGACGUGAUGGAUGCCGCGGAGUUCCGCAAGAUAAUUAAACCCCUCUUUGCCCAACUCGCCAAGUGUGUCUCCUCACCCCACUUUCAGGUAAUCCCUCCUCCUCCGCGCGCGUUCUCCGUUCUGUUUGCAUCUCCCUUUAAAAUCGCCCCUCGGCACCUAGUCUAG